AUGAGGUGAGUCACUCGAACCUUUACCGUGCUUUGACGGGCUAGUGUCGUGGCUCUGUUGGAUUGUCUGUGUCUGUCAGCUGUACAAAUGGCGCGGCUGCGAAUCGAUGCCGUGCCCGGUUGACCCCCUAAUCGCGUCGCACUAGCUCUGUGGUGGAAAAUGAUGCACUCUACCUUGGUCUCGACGCCACGCCCUGAGUCUUGAAGUCUGUUAAAUUCAUGUUGACGGACCAGACCCGUCUUCUCCUGCUACAGUGAACCCACAACACCAGCAAUCAACGUUUUGAUCUGGCUCGCGGUCAAGCCCAUCAUCAAGGUGCGCUUCAUGAUCCAGCACAAGUCCGAGAUCUCUCUUGUUGAUCAAACGGACUGACCAAACUGAUCCCACCUGUAAAAGCUUGCACUUCCGUCCGCGGCAGGAUAUUUCCUCUCGCGCUCGGGCCUGUUUCCCGUCGCCGGAUCUCGGGCGGCUUCGCAAAUCAUUCUCAAUGUCACCCUCCCAGGUUCGUCGCUUCUUCAAUCUGUGAACCAUGUUUUUGAUGCCCAUAUUGACGCGUCAUUGCGUUACCAAUACAUCCGUCGCCAGCCCUCAUGUUCGCGAAGAUUGUGCCCUCGUUUACAUCGGAGAAUGUGAAAGCGAUUGGACCGAUCUUUCUCGUAGGCCUCGUGUACAUGGGCCUUUCGUUCUUGAUGGGUUUCAUCAUUCUUCAACUGUGCCCGUCACCCAAAAACUUCCGUUAUGGAAUCUUGGCGGCCGCUGCUUGGAGGUGAGCGCAGUGGGCAGUGCGGCCCGGCGUCGACGGAUCGUGAACUCAUCUGCCGCCAAGUUUGGUCAUGAUCGUACUUAUUACAGUAAUUGGGGUGAUUUGCCUACGUCGGUCGUUCAGACCGUCUGUUUGUCAGCUCCUUUCGCGGGGCAGGCGGAUGCCGACCUGGCUAGUAAGUUCAGAAGGGCGAUUGCUCCAAAUCUUGGACGGCGCUGACGAACAUCAAUCGUUCUAUCUUCGCAGUCGCAUAUGUUGGUGAGCAAAAAUCAUUGAAGGAUUUUCUGACGAGUUUGGCUGAUGUCCCAGAAUGUCACCGCUGCAGCCAUCUUUAUCCUCAUCUUCUACAUCACCUUAUUUCCCAUGAGGGGAACAUGGUUCAUUCAAGCCGACUACACCAGGGUCAAGCCUUCAAGCGAUGACGAGGAAGAGGGUGUAGGUGCCAACACGGGUGGCUGGGCCGGGACAAGGGAGAAAGUGUCUCGUCUGCUGAACAGGAGGCGGAAAGCGCAACCGACUCGCCCAGAAGCCGAAACGGAUCUAUCGUCUGGAGAAGAGAAUGUCCCGGCGACCGAGAGGACCGUGGACCCGACUCGGCAGAUGGCUACAUUCUCCGACCUCAGGUGAGAUUCAUCCUCUCUUGACCGCAAAAACCCCAGUGCUCAAAAACUUUGUGCGCGUUUGCAGACGACAAACGUCCUCGCGGUCAAUUGGCUCGCAUUCGAUCCGGGAAUUGGCCAGCACGGCUCAAGCCGCGGCAGUCGACGACACGUCGGAACAUAACCGCAAGUGGUCCUUUGGUCGGGCGCAGCUCCAAGCUGCCCAAAACGAGCGAGAACGACUCAAGACGAUCAUGGCCUCUCCUGCGCAGUCCGUUUCUGGGGACGAAACCGUGGAAGUGUCCGAGUUCGAAGGGCAAGCGAGGCGUGUAAAUGGUGACGGUGGCGCAUCCUUCGAGAAAGCAGGUCCCUCGAGCGAGCAAGGGACGUCUUCAAGCAUCCGUCAAGGUGGAAAAUGGACGCAUUUUGCUAAAGAGCUCAGGAGCUUUGUAACCUCGUGCAUCACACCACCGACGAUCUCGCUCGUCUUUGCGCUCGUCUGUGCACUUGUCAAGCCAGUCAAGGCGGUCAGUUGAUUUGAUGUGGUCACACUUCUAGCUGUCCCGGCACAUUCCUGCAAGCUUAAGCUUGUUUUGCUCUUGCUACAGCUCUUCCUGGAUGCGAGCUACUCGUUCCAUCCGACAGCCCCCGACGGUCUGCCGCCGCUCGCCAUCGUCCUCGACACUGCCGCUUUCCUCGGUAACGCCUCAGUCCCGUUGGGUCUCAUCGUACUGGGCUCUGCACUACAACGUAUGAGGUUGCCUCGACCCAUCUCGCGUCUCCCUUUUGCAAGUAUCACAGCCUUGGCGGUGGCGAAACUCGUAAUUCUUCCCGUUUUCGGAUUCUUCUUCGUCCAGGCACUGGUUCGGCAUACGAACCUCGUAAGGGAGGAUCAAGUGGUGCUGCGCUUCGGUGAGAUAGCCUGGAGCUGUUCGAAUCCCUGCAAGGCGAUCACGUGGUUCUGAUAUUCAGUCAUUUUCUCCUGUACAGUCUUGACCUACUUCAGCGUCGUGCCGGCAGCCACUACCCAGGUCGCUCUUACUCAGGCGAGUUGCCAUUGAUCGUGAUGCGCCAGACUCCUAAUGAGGCCGUCACUGACCCUAGCACCUAACCUCCAUGAGGACGAAACAGAUCUUUGCACCCGAAGACGGCGAGAGUAACUCGGACGUGUUGGCAUCGUAUCUAAUCGUUCAGGUCCGUUCCUAUUUGCCUCGUCGAGCGAUAGUAGCUCCGCCUCCAAGCAACAGACCGCAUCAAUUGACAUGAUCGCUCGGCCGUCCAUGCUUUCAUCCUACACACAGUACCUCAUCUUUGUGUUUUCAUCCGUCAUAUUGACCGCGUUUACUUUGAACGAGAUCUUCUAG